GCCCCACGUAAGGGUGACAGACAGAAAUGGCGACUGCAGAUCACGCAAGGUAAGCCAGAGUUUUGUGUCGCUGACUGUUCAUCCUGGGUUGUAUGUCCAAGUGAUUCACAGGUUAUCAAGGCCGGGUGCAUACUGAUACGCUAAGUGAUGGACGAGGAGAGAGCAGAGGAGCAGCCACUGCCACAGCGACGGCGUGGCGCUUGUGGACAAAGAGGCAAGGGAAGACGAGGAGUACAGAAUAAACAAAUGGGCCCCUCAAAGAUUAAAGCUACUGAACUUCGAGACAUGUCAUCAAUGGAUCCCGCAGAAGCCCUUACGCGGCUGAGCAGACCUAACAAUGGACUUAUGGAGUCUCUGAAACAACCGGAUCUUAGCGUAGAUGCAACCAAAUCAGUCCUAGCCGCACUUAGUAAGGCAUGUCAGUGUGAAUCGAUGCCCGAGGGAUUGAAUACAAUGAUCAUGAACGUCCUUUCAACGCCAUUCUUAGAUUCUACUCUUCUUCGUCUCCUCACUCAGCUAGGCAUGAACGAGCAUGGGGACAAUGGUGUGGUAAGAGAUUGUUUGCCGCUGAUGAAAGAGAUGCUGAGUAGAAUGCCCACUGAUGGAUGGAUCAAAGUCCAGACAAUCGCUAUCAUGGUUCAGUCCCUGUGGCAGAAAGGUGGCAUGAAAGACGAAGACCUCAAUAAGAGCAUGCUCGAAAUUUCGGAUCUCCUUUUGAAGUCUCGACCUCCUCCUCCCUCCCUGGGCGUUGGGGCAAGAGGUGGUGCAGCUGCCAUAGCACAGACUCAAGACCAACCUCCACCUGAGAACUUUCGCGAACUACCAAUUAUUCCUCGGAAGGAUGAAUUAGAUGGGACAACAGCAGUCUUUUUGCUCCCAAAUAAAGUCAAAGAUCGUUUUAGGGAUCUUGAACAUUAUCUUGAAUGCCAGUUUCGUCUUUUCCGAGCAGAUGUAAUCAUGCCACUGAAAAAGAAUAUUGCUGACUUUCAAAAUGUUGCUAAGAACACUUCAGUGGGAUACAUGAUUUACACAGAUGUCCAGAUCAUCAGACCGGUUUGCUCACACAAUGGUCUUGGAUACAGGCUUGCCUUUGACACCACACUUCUACGACAUGUAAAUUGGGGUGCCACACGGAGGCUGAUAUUUGGGUCACUACUCUGCUUGUCCUCGGAUUAUUUCAAAGAUAACAUUUUCUUUGCUACAGUUGAUCAGAGGGAGAAGGAUCAUUUGAAGAAUGGACUUGUUGAUGUGCAGUUUAUCUCCCAACAUGAUGAGGUGGCAAAUAUAACUCGAGAUGUAAGGUUUUCAAUGGUUGAAUCCCCAGCCUACUUUGAAUCCUACAAGUAUAUCCUUGAGGGAAUGCAAGAACUCACAGAGAGAAACUUUCCAUUCCAGCAAUACAUUGUUGAGUGUCAGAAUGAUGUACAAAAACCGUUGUACUUUCGGGAACAGCAAAAUGUUCUGUACGACUUGCGACCACUGCUUGAUGAAGAUUACAAAAUAAAAGAUUUGGGGGACAAUGCCAGUAGUGCUGAAGGGUUUCCAGCAGGAUCAAAUAUAGCAAAUGAUGUAAACAUUGAAGACAUUUCCAAAUGGCCAAUGCCAAAUCUUCUGCACCUCAACGUCUCCCAACGUACCGCUCUGAGAAAUGCAUUGAUGAGAGAAUUUGUUCUCAUACAAGGACCUCCAGGUACGGGUAAGACAUACCUUGGAAUCAAAAUCCUGAAAGUUUUGCUCCAUAACUCUCAAGUAUGGCUUCAAGGACAAGAGAAACUGCCAAUCCUUAUAGUAUGCUAUACCAAUCAUGCAUUGGAUCAGUUCUUAGAAGGAAUUUUGAAGUUUUUCAAGGGUAGACUCAUACGAGUUGGUGCUCGAAGCAAGAGUGAAAUCAUGCAAGAGUAUUCAUUGAAGAAUGCCAGACAGAGAGCAAGAGAUCUUAAAUCCCUGCCAUUGACUGUUCAUGAAGGGAAAUUGGAGACUCUGAGAGCAAUGGAUUCACUGAAGGCAGAAAUUCAUACCACAGCUGCUAAACUUGAAGUAGCAGAGAGAGAAAUUGUACAUGAACGUUGCUUAAAAGAGUAUAUGACAAAAGCCAUUGUGAGGAGCUUCUCUGUUGGGAAUGAGUAUGAGACCUGUCAGAUAGUUACCUGGUUAGGUAUCAAGAAGAGCUUGUUUGAUAUUGAAGAGGAAGGUGAAUAUCUUCAACACCAACUAGAGGAGCGAAAAUUGGCUGAUGAGGAUGAAGAAGACGAGUAUGAAGAAGAAGAAGAGAUGAUUGAUAUCUCAGUAAAUCAUCGCAACCAAAGACAACUUGAGGAAGACCUGAUUGACUCAGAUGAUGAAUAUGACUAUGAUGAUAUUCGUAGUAAGGCACAAGGUUUAGAUGCUGAUAUUCAGCACGUCCGCAGGGAAUGUAUGGGGUUAGACAUAACCAAUCUUGAUGCUUCAACAGUUACGAUGUUUAUGCCACCACAACAGAAGACAAUCUAUGAGGAGAAACAGAGACAGAAGAGAUCACUGAAAGUCAGACUCAUUAAGAAAUUGCGCUCAACUGAGAGAAUGAAAUCAUCCGAAGCUGCAAGUGUGCGUUACAUAUGGAAGCUGCAGCUGAAAGACAGAUGGAGGAUGUACAGAUACUGGGUGCAUGUGCUGUGUCAAAAUGCCAAAGAAACAAUUAGAGACAAAGAAAGUGAUUACAGACGCCUCACUAAACAAUACAAAGAGGUCUUAAUGCAAGAAGACAGGACCAUUCUUCAGAAUUGCUCCAUCAUAGGAAUGACUACAACAGCUGCAGCAAGGUAUCAGAAGGUUCUGAACGAAAUUGGUCCCAAGAUUAUUGUUGUGGAAGAAGCAGCCGAAGUGCUUGAGGCCCACAUUGUAGGAACUCUCAGUAGAAGAUGUCAACAUCUUAUCCUCAUUGGAGAUCACUUACAGCUGAGGCCAAACCCAACUGUUCACGAUCUUGCAAAGAAAUACAAUCUGGAAAUAUCUCUGUUUGAGAGGAUGGUGAACUCUGGUCUUCCACAUGAUACACUACUGUGGCAACACAGAAUGCGCCCUGAAAUAGCAGACAUCAUUCGGCCACUCUAUAAAGAUUUGAAAGAUGACAAGAGUGUGCAGAAAUAUGACAAUGUAAAGGGUAUUGCAAGGAAUGUGUACUUCAUUGACCAUCAGCACCCACAUGAAUAUGACAAAGAGUCAAAAAGUUUUAAGAAUGAACAUGAAGCUCAAUAUUUAGUAGGUCUGUGCAAAUACCUUCUGAAGCAGGGCUAUGGUACUGAGCAAAUUACAAUAUUGACAACGUAUUCCGCCCAAAUGCAUUGUCUGAAGAAUAGGAUGCCAAAAUCGCAGUUUGAAGGGGUGAGAGUUGUUGCUGUUGACAGCUAUCAAGGAGAAGAGAAUGAUAUUGUGCUGUUGUCGCUUGUCCGAAGUGGAGAGGAAACAAAAAUUGGGUUCUUGAACGAGAACAACAGGAUAUGUGUUGCACUCUCUAGGGCCAAAAAAGGACUGUAUGUUAUUGGAAACUUCAGUCACAUUACUACUUAUAGCCCACUGCUAAAGGACAUUGCUACAAAAGCAUCUAUGAAAGGAUUUUAUGGGCCUGCUCUGCCUCUGUCAUGUCAAAAUCACCCUGAUGACAUGGGAGUUGGAGUUAUUGAUCCAAGGGAUUUUGAAAGAGUCCCUGAAGGAGGCUGUACCAAACCUUGUCUCUUCCGCCUAGCAUGUGGUCACGUGUGCCCUCGAAUGUGUCAUGUGAUUGAUGCAGAGCACAAAUCCAUCACAUGUUCAAAACCAUGUAAACGGCAGUGUCGGAAAUGUAAAAGCUACCACUGUGAUCUCCCUUGCUACCAGCCAUGCAAACCCUGCCCUGUACUCAUAGAGAAAACCCUUCCAAGAUGUGGACAUGUCCAAAUGAUUCCUUGUGAAGAAGAUGAGUUGACGUAUCAGUGCCAGGAACGAUGUAAUGAUAGUUUACCAUGUGGCCAUGGAUGCCAGGGUGCAUGUGGACAGCCUCAUCUUCCAUGCAGGGAGCCUGUGGAAGUCACCAGGCCAUGUGGUCAUACCAUCGCAGUAGAAUGCAGAGAAAGAGAUACAGCUGUUUGCAAUCAUGAAUGUGGUGAAAUGCUCAUUUGUGGAGAUCAAUGCAAGGGUAAAUGUGGUACAUGCCAUCAAGGGCGUCUGCAUCAGCCUUGCUCUAGAGAAUGUAAACGAAUCCUCAUAUGCGGACAUGAGUGCGAGUCGUCUUGUAGCAACUGUCUACCUUGUACCAGGAGGUGUGAGAACAGAUGCAACCACAGCAAAUGUUCCCAGAGGUGUGGAGAUCCUUGCACUUUGUGUAAGGAGCAAUGCCAGUGGAAAUGUUACCACUUCAAAUGCAACAUGCCAUGUGGGGAAAACUGUGAUAGACCACGAUGCGAUGAAAGCUGCAGGAAUAAGCUAGAGUGUGGUCAUGACUGCAUUGGCAUGUGUGGUGAACCAUGUCCAAAGCUGUGUCGAGAUUGUGACAAGGACAAAAUGCCAGAUGUGUUCCUUGGAAGUGAAGAAAAACCAAAUGCUCGAUUUAUUGAACUAGAAGACUGCAAACACAUUUUUGAAGUCAAAGAUUUGGAUCGUUUCAUGGAUGAAUCAUCUGAAGACAAGGACAAGACAUUAGUUCAACUGAAGACAUGUCCUAGAUGCAACACACCAAUCAGAAGGAAUCUCAGAUAUGGCAACAUCAUUAAGCAGGCAUUGUUGUUCAUAGAGGAAGUAAAAAGGAAGGAUAUCGGAGAUGUAAAAAAUGCCAAGGAGCUCAGAGACUCUAUGGACAAGAUGAGGAAUCUGCUCGACCCUGAUGACCUGGUUUCUAUGGAUAUCCUCUUGAGGUCUUAUCCGGUUGAAUCUGUGAACAUUCUAACAACCCAAGCUAGACAGAUGUGUAUCCUUGGACAAAUAUCCAGCAUCCAAAGGACAGUGAAGGAAAGCCUUAGGCUAUUCAAAUUAACUGACAGUGAAACUUAUGAAACUCUAUCAAUUUGCCUAACAGACUUCAAGGCUUGGGCUCUUCUUUCAAGGUCAUGUUUUGGCGAACAGGAGGUUCGGGAUGCACAGAAAGAACGGGAUCGCUUGAGUCUACUGAAGCACCUUAUAGACGCAAGGGAAUGGAUUGGUUUUAGUCAGAAGGAGGUUCCAGAACGAAUCAUGAGGAACUUAGAAGCGAUGAUCAAGCAGCUGGAAUGUCCAGCAAAACUGAGAGAUGACGUUAUGGAGGAUGCAAAGGAAAUGAAGGAAGAUGUGAUGGAGUUUGUCCCAGAGUCAAGCAUCGGAGUGAUGAAGGAUGUUGACGAAUGGUUAAUGAAGGAUGUUGACGAAUGGUUAAUGAAGGAUGUUAAGGAGCUUGUCUCUGAGUCAGUUCCCCAAACCUGGUCAUGUGGUCACACAAUGGAGGUAUUGUGUACAGAACAGGGUCAAGCUCGGUGUCUGGUGCGAUGUGAUGCAAAACUCGUGUGCGGACAUACAUGUGAAGGAUCCUGUUUUGAAUGCAAUGAAGGACGGCUUCAUAUUCCAUGCACGGAGAAGUGUACAAAGAUUCUUAUUUGCGGACACCCAUGCAAAGCUUCUUGUUUUAGAUGUCCCCCUUGUGAUCUGGAUUGUGAGACGGCUUGCCCUCACAGCAAAUGUCAGAAUCCCUGUGGACAGAAAUGUCAACAAUGUGACAAACCAUGCGAAUGGGCUUGUGCACAUUUCAAAUGCAAACAACUGUGUGGAGACGUUUGCGAUAGAAAUCGCUGUGAUAAACGUUGUCGCAAAAAGCUCAAAUGUAAACAUCCCUGCAUAGGACUUUGUGGAGAGCCAUGUCCAGGCUACUGUAGAAUAUGUCACAAAGAUGAUGUGUCAGCCUUCCUUACAGAGUCAGAAGACAUUACAACAGCUAGGUUUAUUCUCUUAGAAAAAUGUGGACAUAUUGUUGAGGUACAUGUUCUGGACAGAAUAAUGGAAAAUGUUCAAGCCAGCAAGGAGAUACAGCUCCCAUGCUGCCCAUUGUGUAGCACACCAAUCAGACGAAAUACCAGAUAUGGAGCUAUACUAAAUCUGAUACACAAACAAAUGGAAAAGGGAAAGGCUGUCCUGGCUGAGAUGACAAUAGAAAGGCUCACAGCCCUACAGAAUGUGAUACACACUGGCAUGGACAGCCUUCAGUGUGUAGAUGAAGUGUCAGAAUUGAUAGCAAAUGCUGGUGAAGAUGAAGCUCGCCUGGUUGCAGUUAAAAACCAAAAGACGUUCCUUACUGGAAUUAAAACGUUGAAGGCAAGGGUAAAUGAACCACCGGAUGGUGAUGAUGAUGACGUUGUUGAUGAUGGAGUUUGGUAUGAAAUCAACCAGUUUGAGCAAUGGCUGAAAAUCCAACGAGGUGUCUUUACUGAGCAAGAAGCCUCAGACGCUCACCACGAAUUCCAAAGGAUUUCCAUCUCUGUGUUCCUGCAUGAAUUAUUAUCAAGGGAGACUAAAGAUGAUUUGUUGCCCUCAACAUUGGCUUUGUUGCAGAGGGUCAGGGCAGUUAUCAAGGCAAAGAAACAAUUGACUGAAGACGAAUAUCAGCUCAUUACAGAACUAAAGCAUGACGUUUCACACGUUUUUCCUGACAUUGAGUUUUAUGAUAAACUCUCAAAGGACAAAAUGCCCGUCUGGAGACACUUGGCAGCAUCACAAGGACGCUGGUUCAGAUGUCCAGUGUCUGAUGACCACAUCUACUGUGCUGAAGAUGACUUGACGCAAGAUGAGUGUCAUUGGUGUCAGGACCACUCUUCAAGAGAAGGCAACGGAUGUGAAGACUCAAGGGACACAAACGAAGAUGGCUGAAUUCGUCCCAAAUGCACAGAUUGCCCAACGUGGAUGGUGCUGUUGGUUUGAACUACAUCAUCAGCAAUAUGUAUAACCACAUGGUUACACAUGAACUUUUUCCACAUGUAUUUUAAAGACAGAAGUUGUGGCUUGAUAUAAAUAAAGGCAUGUUUUUAAGACGAUUGUAUUAUAUAAUUCAGUGUGAAAGAUAUUUUCAUUGCAGUGAACAAAACACUUUGACGGAACUAUUGUCAUACAAUAGUUACCUCCCCUUAAAUUGUCUCCCUUUAUCGUAAGUGUCAAGCCCGUACACAAACUGUUGAAAUCCCUUUUACGUUAGUUCCACUUUGACAAGGCAAAAUAAUGACAGAUGGUCAUUUAUGGAGUUAUUAUCACUCCGUUCGUUAUUCUCUCGAAAAUGUUUCCUUAUAAACUAUUAAUUUCUCAAUUACACACCAAUCGAGACUGUUCCUUUCACAAAGCGCCAAUUUUGUUAAAGUUGAUUUUGUAUAUAAAUUGAUAUGUAAGCAUAUCGAAAUGUAUGACAACAAAUUUCCGUGACCCUAAAUACUUUUUGUUACUUUUGUUUACAUUUUUUUAAGAUUUUGCAAACACGAAACUUCUUUUUUAGUCGCAAAUACAAGGGUUGGUGAACCGUUCCUGUGUGUUAUGUAGGAAGAAUUUAGGUUUCAAGGUUUUACAUUCAAGUAUAUAAUAAAUAGGUGUCUCUCGACACUCGUGAAAAUAUCUCAUUUUCACCCCGUCGCUUGAUGAGAGCAAGAUGAUAUUUCACUCGACACAUGAAAUAUCCUCUAUAUAUUAUGCUUAUGAUAUGUUCAUUUAUUAUACACGCCCACCACAUUGAGUAUCCUUAUUGUGACAGAAAAGUCACGAACAUGAUGUGAUGGUAUUCAUGAGGUCUUGAUCCUUCGUCUUCUCAACCCAUCCAUAUACAUAUAUAUACAAGUUUAUGGAUCAUCCUAUGCAUGAAGAGUGGGUAUGUGAGCUGUGAGUAGUGUGAAUAAACUAUUUCAAGAAAAUGUAUAUUUAGACGAGGCAUCUCAGUCCAAUGACUGAGAACAAUGCCCCAUUGAAAGGUGGUUCUAUAUGUUAGUUUUGGGUUGGUAUUUUGGGAACGUUAUAAACCCUUAAAUAAUUAUGGUCAUAUAUGAACGCAACUGAUAUCGUUUGUUAAAUGUAUGUGUGUGAAAACAAUUAACAAAAUCAACUUGCCAACAAAACCAGAAAACAAAUUAAUCUGUAGCAAAUUCAUAAAGAAUAUUUUGGUCUCAUAUCGCUGAGUUCCAAUUAAACUGAAGUAAAUUCAUAAAGGAUAUUUUGUUCUCAUGUCAUAUUUCCCUCUUGUUAUCUUAUGACCUGAUAACGUUCAUAUUUGUUGAGUGGCACAGAUAACUCUUACUUAUCCUACACUGAAAACCAAAGUGAAGCUGCCUGAAAGAAAGCUGAAGUUCAAGCAUAAAGUGUUAUUUAUUUUCACACAUAUGUUGUAUCUCAUCAUCAAAUACACGAUGAAGAUGCAUACUUCUAAGUGAAGGGAAGUUAAAGACUUAUUUGUAUAUGCUAGUGGAAUUGGUAAACUGGAUCUGCACGAGUCUGGAUCAGUUCCAUAGAAAUAUAUACCUUAUGAGAAUCAUUUACAGCAUAUCUUCAUGUAUUUGUUUACAAACCCUGUCGAAUCUUAUUUUGAUACCAUAUUUCAUUCUGUACUUUGAUAGAUAGUCUCUUUAUAUGUAUUGUAUGCACAGACGAAAUCCCCACACGUUGCACUGUAUAGAUGCACCGGGGUUCAAUUCUUCAGUAUUACUGCUUUCUGAAUGUAGAUUUCUGUCAGUUAAAUAAAUUAAUAUUGAUGA